AUGUCUGUGAGAACUCUCCCCCUGGUUUUCAUUAAUCUCGGUGGAGAAAUGCUUUACAUACUGGACCAACGGCUGCAAGCUCAGAACACGUCUGAGGACAAUUCAGAGAAAGGGGUGUGGUCAGAAAAUGAUAGAAGAAGAGUUAUGAAUGACAUCGUUGGGACCAUGUUUAAUAAAGCCUUCAUGGAUGAACUUCUCAAACCUCAGCAGCUUUAUUCUCACCGGACACUGAAGACGGUUCUGACUCGAAUAGCACACGCCUCCAUCAUGAGGCUGAACCCUGCCAGCAUGGACAGGCUUUACGAGCUGAUGGUUAUGGCAUUCAAAUAUCAAGUCUUCCUUUGUCCACGGCCAAAAGACUUGCUGCUCAUCUCGUACAAUCACAUAGACACCAUCAGGGAAUUUGUAAAAGACACUCCUGUGGUAGUGAAUCAAGUGGACGAGACGCACAGAAAGAUCAUUGAGGUAUACUCAUCAUUAUCAGAGGGAGAAUUCCAGCUUCUCCGACAAACGCUGCUCAUAUUUUUCCAAGACAUGCAUGUUCGAGUGUCACUUUUCCUCAAGAUUCAAGUCCAGAAUCCCAACGGACGUUUUGCCCUGUCGACCUCAGGCCCAGUGCCUCAUGGGACAGAGGUUCCGGGAUUGAUUAGGACGUUUGACAGUAAGGGCAGAGAAGUGAGACGAAGCGAGUUCCCCACCGGAGGAAGUUACAGCAGCCCCAUCAGAGAGGGAUGUUUUGAGCUGCACGGAGACAGAAUCAUCAGACUGGGCCUGAACAUGUAUGUGCUAACUUCUGUCUGUUCACGUCUAACCUUUCUGUCCACGUCCGUCACGCUGCAGACCGACGACACCCCCAACCUGCUCGCCAAGGAGGAGCUGAACCUGCUGGCUCGUCUGAUGGGCAGCAUGAAGGCCGAGAACAAGCCCAAAGCUGAAACUGGCUUUCGGAUCAACCUGUUUACGACAGAUGAAGAGGAGGAGGAGGCGGGAGCUUCAUGUGGAGCUGAGGAGUCCUUGUUUGGAGUCAUAAAUAUUCAAGCGAUGCAGGAUGAACAGGCUGCGACUGAGCUGGCUCGAAUCGCCGGGCAGUUUGCAGAGCAACAAGAACAACCUGAAAACCCCAGCGGUAACAAAGGAGACGACCUGCUGGCCAUGAUGGACGACCUCUGACUCUUACCCAUCUCUUCAUUUUCAGUGGCUGAUCAAACUUAGGAUGUUUUAAUGAGAUUUAUUGUUUUAUUUUUAUGGCCUAAAUGACUCACUCAUCUCAGGUAUAAUCACACUGUGUUAAUAUCACAUCAUCCCUCAAUGUGAGCUUGUGUUUAAUUUGUAUUCUACACUGAUGUAAACUACACUCUAAUUACCAUGUGAAGCUUUCACUGUGAUGAUUUACAGCAUUAUACAACAUUAUUUCUGCUACAGUUUUUUAGCUUUUCAUUGGACUUUGUGCACCAGACAAAGAUGGAAAUCUAAACUACUCUUUUACUCUGAGAAGGGCUCUACUAUAGUACUACCUAACAAAUGAAAUCCAAAUACUUCUGCACUGGAAUGGAAUGUUUCAUUUGCAAAAGUAAGAUCAAUUAGUUUCCAGCGAGUGCUAUCCCCGCGUGUUGCAACAUGGAGUCAGAACUAUAAAUCUUUAGAGCCUUAAAGGCACAACCACAAAUAUAAUAUGCUAUCACUCUCAAAACUGGUUUUAAUACAGAGAUUAAUGUUAAGUAAUAACCCAUUCUGUGUAAUUGAAUUUAUCUGAUGCUGCGGGAGGUUUAUUUGCUUCAAAAAGUGAUCAGACUUCAAGUUAUCGCUUGUUACACAAACUAUUUAUUUCGGCUACAUAGGUCCUGGGUACUUAAAGUUAUAUAAAUAUGUGUUUGACUGAGUCAUACAGUGAUGACAAUGAGGGGUCUGGGGAUAUUUUUACCAUCUACAACAUUCAGAUGUUUAAUAAACAUGGAUUAAGUUAAGAAAAGUAAAA